AUGAAGCAAGCCUUCAUCUUCCCCGGCCUCCUGGCAACCGCCAUGGCCGCCGCCCUCCCCGUCGGCGACCUGGUCCCCGAGUUCACCGACGCCCCCUUCGACCUCGCCCAGCUCGCCGUCGAGGCCCCCCUCGAGACCCUCUCUUCCUCCGACGACCUCGCCGUCGACGCGGAGUACCUCUUCAACUCCGCCGACGCCGCCGCCGACGACACCUUCGACAUCAACGUCGACGGCGAGGCCGCCUGGCUCAAGAUCCAGUCCGACAUCGCCGCCGAGCUCGACCUCGACCAGGACGCCCCCGCCCACGCCAUGAAGUGGUCCGGCCUCCACAUGACCACCACCACCGGCGACGUCAAGAAAGAGGACGGCGUCCGCCCCGGAUUCCCCGGCUCGCAGUGGCCCGUCCAGAGGCCCUCGUGGUGGCCCGGCGGCAACGAGACCAUCCCCGACUUCCACUACGGCAUCACCGCCGACGGCAUCUGCGAGUACCUCCAGGGCGCCUACUGGAAGGUCAACGAGCUCCGCCGCCCCGCCGAGCAGUUGUCCCCCGAGUACGUCCCUUGGUUGGUCUGGAACAAGGGUCCUUACUACUACGUCCUCGAGGGUCUCCGUGAGAUCGAGUGGGUUCUCCUCAGAAUCGGCUACCUCCUCAAGACCACCUCCGGCUUCACCGAGGAGGAGCAGUUCAAGAUCAUCCGCUGCCACAUCCAGUUCGCCGGCUACAACUACAACAACAUCAACCCGGAACGUGUGACCCCGCUGCCCACCGGCCCUGGCCCCGUCCGCGAGAACCCCGUCGGCCCCCGCCAGGUCGACACCUCCCCCGCCGCACCGGCUCGAACCUCCACCACUGCCGGCGCCGGCCCCGAGCCUACCCGCGUCGUCGUCGUCCGUCCUCGCCCCGGCAGCCAAGGCUCUCUCCCUCCUCGCCCCGUCCCGUGGCAACACCGCUUCGGCCUCAAGGACCUGUUGACAGUGAUCCUAGACAAGCACGAUGACUUGGAGUACCAGACAUACGCUCUUAAGCGCGUCGAGCGUGUUAUUCGCAACUUUGGCUCGUCCUACGAGCUUUACCACGACCAGCUCCUCAAGGUCAUCACCAACAAGAAGGCCCAUGACUAUCUCAUGCGUGAGGAGGACCCCUGUUACGGCCUUGAGUAA